UCAAACUAACCAAAUACAAGUGAAAGGCAACAUCGUCCCUUUAGUGUUCAUCUGUGUCUGUGUGUGUGUGUGUGUUUGUUUGUAAGUGUGAGCGUGCACUCCUUCCGUUUCCGGCAUUCGCAACAAAUUUUUGCCUAAGCCAGUCAGUCGAACAGAGGACAGCCACUGCGAGAGCAACAGACAGAGCCGCAACAACAACAGCAAGAACAACAACAACAACAACGGCAACAACAACAACAACAACAACAAACGCGCGCGCAACAAUCAAACGCCCACGCACACGUCCGCCUCGUGCCAAUCACCCCCUCCUGCGCGUCCGUCUCCUCAUCCUCCUCCGCAGCGUCACCCACAGAGCCCACAACGCCAGCAGGACGAAGUCGUAACGACAGCGACAUGCGAAACGCGUAACAAAACAAAAAGAUAAAUAAACACAAAUACGCAACUGCCAAUCCAUGAUAAAGUGGAUGCAGACCGAGAAGUGCUAGCAGGAGGACUGUGACAAGGAGGAAGCCCACAAAAAAAACGACCAAUUUGCUAACAAAAAGUCUAAAAAAUCAACUGCUGCAAACCGAAUGACUGAUUUUUCUGAACAUUUAAUACUUACCUCCUAACGAACUUUAUAUCAAUCUUAUCAAUCAACGUAUAUAUAUAUGCGAAAAUCUCGAAUCAAGUACAUAUAUCAACAUAUAGUUAUAUAGGACUUCACGCGGAACGAAGUAGUUAGAAAUAGAUAGAGCUUUGACAAAUAUCUUUAGCUAUUCGAAAACAACAACAACAACAACAACAAAAUAAAACAAAACAAAACAUAAACAAACAGUGCAUCCGAUUGAGUUGAGGAGAGCAGAGAGGAAUGCAGCGCUGUCCCUAUCUACAUGAGAUGCGCGAACGUCUACUGGAUCAGCCAAGGGAAACACUGCAACUGGAGAACAUGGAGCGAGCCAAUUUGUUGGACAACCGCCAAUCCGCAACCGAGUCGAAUCAGGUCGGCACUGUGGUCAAGCUUCAAGGCGAUGGAUAUCACACCAGCCCCGCCCACCAGCGAACUCCGCUGGUGCCGCACGAUUUAGGCGAGGAUUUCAAUUUGGAUUUCGAUGACGACUUUCCGAUCGACGCCCGACGACCAAAAAACGCCAACGGCAAUCAUCCCCAGGUUCUGACGAAACCACAGAAAAGGGUUUGCUACACGUUCAAGCCAAAUCCAAAUAAGCACAGUUUUAUGCCAGCGAAAAUAACGGUGCAGGGCACAUAUCAAACAAAUCCGAUAACGGGACCAAUCGAACUAUGGACAUCGCUCUUCAUUGUGACCAGCUUGGUGUAUGCGAUUCUCUUGAUUGUCGUAUGCAUUGCGUAUGUGAUCAGCGAUGUGACCACACACCGACUGCCGGUGCUCUACUACGAGACGUUCUUCACAUACCUAUACGGCACCAGCAUACUCUUCCUGUUGUACGUCUUUUGUUUUUUGCUGCAGGAAAGCUCUUGCUGUAAUGGCGGCAACGGCGGCAGCAAACCGAAACCCCCAGCCAAGGAGAAGAAAUCGAAGAAAACGAAGAAUGCAGAUCCGGCCGAUUCGAAGGAUGCGAAAGGCUCUAAGGACUCUGGAAAAGCUGGCAAAGGCGCCGCAUAUCAGGAAGCACCCGUGGAUGCCGAGGUGGCCGUCACCCCGAAGAACGUACGCAAGCGAAAGACCACGCACAGCGAUCUCACGCACGGAAGUUUCUUUCUGCGCGUUGGUGCCAUCGCUUUUGGACUGGGCGCUAUGAUUUAUAUUGGCUUGGAAUUCGGCUCGUUCUUUGAGAUACCAUUCGACUCGCCGUGCCAUCACAUCUUGAUCGGCGUUAAUCCGUUGCUGCAGAUGAUUUUCACCUUCAUGCAGAUGUACUUUAUAUUCAUGAAUGCCCGGACUAGGCCACCAUUUCAGCUCAACAUCCACCGGUUCAAGGUGAUCGCCCGCUUCGGCCUGAUGCACGUGGUGGCCACCAACAUCUGUGUGUGGAUACGCACCCUGGUGAAGGAGUCGCUGCUGGAGAUCACCAUCUAUCAUCAGAAGCGCGAGGCCGAUCCGGAUGCCUCGUCCAUUGCCCACUCGAUCCGGCAGCAUGCGCUGCGUCAUGCCGGCACCGUUCUGCGCACCCACUCGGGCCCCAACACCGAGUUCGAGGUGCUGGACGGUGAGGAUGUGCUGCCCAAGAACGUGUACAAGAGCGACAAUGUGCUCUCGAAGCUCGUGCGCAACACGGUCGACGGCAUUUCGAAGAGUCUGGGCAUGGGCGGCGACAUUACUAGCACCAGCACUACCAGCACCACAACGACAACCACACGAGCGCCAUACACCACGCCCGGCUAUCAAUGGCACAGCACUACUAUGGCCCGCAAGCUGAAGAAGUUUAUCACUAGCACCACAGCUGCCACCAGCACCAUCGGCAGCAGCAGCAGCAGCACCAGCACCGCCAGUAGCACCACCACAUCAACCAUCACAUCCACCACCGGCCUGCCAUUUGGCAGCGCUGCCACCGCCGCCGACGCCGCUAGCACGACCAGUGAAACGCCCUUCAACAGCCUGGAGCGCAUCCUCUCCAGCGUCGCACCCUCUAGCCAAUCGCCUGUCGAUGUGUCCGCGUCAACGCUGCCCGCUGCCACAUCUGGCGUCUCCUCGUUCAUCGACAAUCUGGUCAGCAGCAGCACCGCGCCCAGCCCAACCUUGGGCGCCAGCACUACCGAGAGCGCCGUCAAUAUUAUGAACAAUCUGUUUGGCCCCGGCAUGGAGAACAGCUUCCAGACGUACUCGGAUCUAUCGCAUGAGGAGUCCAAUGGCCUGAUCGCCUUUGAGAAUCUGGAGAGCUUGGACAAUAUCUAUCCGGCUGCGCUGUCUUCCAACAUUGGCACACUCAACUCCACCGCCUGUGGACGCAUUGACAUUAUGGGUACCAUCGUCUAUGAUUCGGCGCCCUAUCUGUAUCCGUUUAUCAUUGAGUACUCGCUGAUCGGCGCUGUCGUUUUGUAUGUCAUGUGGAAGCACAUCGGUCGCUAUCCGGGCCGGCUGAAUGACGAGGAUCUCGAGCACCGGCUCGAGGUGAUGCUAUCCCGUCGGGCCGUUGCCAUGGCGCAGCAGGCACGUUCCGGACGCGUCGACUGUGUUGGCUCGUCGAAGGGUUUGUUCUUUGGUCUGUUGCUGUUGGUUGGCGCGCUGAUCUGCUUGAUACUCUUCUUCGUCUUGGUGCGUCAUCAGCAGUUCUCGCUGUUGGCCAUUUACCUGGCCGAUGCCAGUCACUGCAUUCUCAUGGCCUUUGCCAUACUGGCCAUCAUAGUGGGCUUCAUAAGGGUGAAGAACUUGAAAUUCCGCUGCGAGGAACAAUCGAAUCUAAAUGACAUUUUGCUGCGCAUCUCAGCCUUCGGCCUGUUCACCUAUUCCGUGUUCAGCAUCAUCGCCGGCAGCCUGAAGGUGCUGGAGAGCGAGCCCAGCCUGUUGGUGACGACCACGGGCGGCGUCGCCGUCUUCCAGGUCAUCUUGCAGCUGCUCUUCAUAGCCGAUGUAUCGCGCCGUCGCGUCCAUUUGCCAGAACAUGAUCGCAGCAAGCCCGGACGCCAGAUCGUCACCUUCUUGCUCAUCUGCAACGUGGCCAUGUUUGCCAUCUACACAUUCGAAGCUCAAAAAGUAUUCGCCAAUCCUGUAAGUAGAUAUGUGCAAUUGGAUUUCUAUGGCUUUGUGCCCUGGUCGAUCAUUCAGCGCAUCACACUGCCCCUCUGCAUUUUCCAUCGGUUCCACAGUGCCGUGACACUUGCCGAGAUCUGGAAGACCACCUACAAGGCGCGUUUGGAGUAAGCUGCUACCAGCUGUUGGAGGGCUGUAGGCAAACCCACAAAUGAGAGGUUAUUAAAUGCACCAAAAACA